AUGGCGACGGCAGCAGCUCCCGAGACCUCUCUCCUCUCUCUUCUCUACCGGUCGUAUCCCGCCGUAAUCUCUCCCGAUUCGACCGAGCCCGACUACCUCCACGCCUCCGCCAAGAUCUUCCCCCAGGUCACCUUCAGUGAGGCAGAGGAAGCCGACAUCAAGCAAUGGCUCCACACAGUCUCCGGCCUGAAGUCUUCUCUCGCCGAUGAUCAAAAGGAUGUCACCGUCGGAAUCCUUGACCAGCUGAACAUCCACCUGGCCACCCGCACCACCCUCCUUGGCGCGAAGCCCUCGGUCGCCGACAUUGCCAUCUACGCUCUCCUGGCCCCUAUCGUUGAGAAGUGGACACCCGAAGAGCGCACCGGAGAAAAGGGCUACCACCACAUCGUGCGUCACGUCGACUUCGUGCAGAACGGCCGCCUGUUCUCACUCCAAAUCCCCGAGGAGGAGAAGAUCGCCAUCGACCUGAACGACGUCAAGUUCGUUCCCAAGCCCGUCGACCCCAAGGAGGAGAAAGAGCGCAAGAAGCGUGAGAAGGCCAACGCCCAGAACCCAGACGCCAACAACGAGUCCAAGCCCCUCGUCAUCGGCCAAGGAAAGGCUGAGCAAGCCGCCAAGGCCCAGACCCAGGCCGGCGCCGACGGCGCCCCCGUGAAAACCAACAAGAAGGAAAAGAAGGAGAAGAAGGAGAAGGCUCCCAAGCCCGCUCCUGCCCCCGCUGCCCCCCCUGCCCCAUCACUGAUUGACCUGCGCGUCGGACACAUCCUUCGCGCGAUCAACCACCCCAACGCGGACUCCCUGUACGUGUCCACGAUCGACUGCGGCGACGCCCCUGGCAGCGACAACACCUCUCUCGAUGAGGAGACCGGCAAGACCGUCCGAACUGUGUGCUCCGGACUUAACGGGCUGAUCCCGCUCGAGGAAAUGCAGGGCCGCAAGAUCGUUGCAGUUUGCAACCUGAAGCCUGUGACUAUGCGCGGCGUCAAGUCUUGCGCGAUGGUUCUCGCUGCGUCCCCACGUGUUGCGGAGGGUGAGGACUCGCACGCCGGUCCUGUCGAGCUCGUUAGCCCGCCUGCCGAUGCUCCUGCCGGUGAGCGCAUUAGCUUCGAGGGUUGGAAUGAUGGUCAGCCCGAGAAGCAGCUUAACCCCAAGAAGAAGGUCUGGGAGACUUUCCAGCCGGGUUUCACUACCACUGCGGACCGUGAGGUUGCCUUUGAUAGCAGCGCUGUUCCCUCCGUCCACGGACAGGAGGGCAAGCCCGCCCUUGGAAAGCUGGUUGCUGCCUCUGGUGGUGUCUGCACUGUUAAGAGCUUGACUAAUGCCACUGUGCGGUAA